UUCGACGAGCAGAAUCCUGGAGACAACAUAACAACACAAUGCUCCGCCAAAUAAAACCCCGCAACGCCCGCUCCAAGCGCGCCCUCGACAAGAAGGCCCCCAAGCCCGUCGAGAAUCCCAAGAAGGCGCUCUUCCUCCGCGGCACCUCGUGCUCGCAGAAGACGCAAGAUGCGCUCACAGACCUGUACUCGCUGCGCCGACCGCUAGCGCAGAAGUUCACCAAAAAGAACGAGAUCCACCCCUUCGAGGAUGCCACCUCCCUCGAGUUCUUCAGCGAGAAGAACGACGCCUCGCUGCUCGUCUUCGGCUCCUCCAGCAAGAAGCGCCCGCAUGCGCUGACGCUCGUGCGUACCUUUGGUUACAAGGUCCUCGAUAUGCUGGAGCUGAACCUCGAUCCGGAUAGCUUGCGCCUACUCAGCCAGUUCAAGAACAAGAAGUGCGCUGUGGGACUUAAGCCAAUGCUGCUGUUCAGCGGUACGCCUUUUGAGAGUCCAAUCCCGAACGAGUACACUAUGGCGAAGAGCUUCUUCACGGACUUCUUCAAGGGCGAGCCGGCUGAGAAAGUUGAUGUGGAGGGGUUGCAGUACUUGGUGUCUAUCGCGGCACGCGACACUGUCGAUGGGGAGGAGGCGAAGCCAAAAAUACAUCUUAGGGUGUACCUGAUCAAGACCAAGAAGAGCGGACAGAAGCUUCCCCGUGUGGAGGUUGAGGAGAUGGGUCCUCGCAUGGAUUUCCGUGUUGGGAGGAUAAAGGAUGCUGAGGAGGCUAUGCUCAAGGAGGCGAUGAGGAAGGCGAGGACGACGCUGGAGAGGCCGAAGAAGAACAUCUCGACUGAUAUUGUGGGUGACAAGGUCGGAAGGAUACAUCUCGGCAAGCAGGAUCUUGGGGAGCUGCAGACGAGGAAGAUGAAGGGGUUGAAGAGGACUAGGGACUCGUUGAUCGUUGAUGCUGAGGAUAUCGAGAUGAAGGAUGAGGUCGAGACUAAGAAGUCGAAAAAGAAGGUUGCUGUCUGAGUCGGAGAUAAGGGCUGUUAGGGUUUAACAAUGGGCGUUUGGUGUUUGGUGGAGGGAAUGCGAUAGUCCUGGUACUCAUGUAUGCUCCGGGCGAAGAGGUUGUCUAUAGGGCUUGAGAAACUAAGCUGUAUUCGUUUCUGAAGCAUGACGCUGAAUUCCUUGUGCAUUAUACAGUGAUUCGUAUUCAUGGUCAUAGAAUAAAUGGG